AUGGAUUUGUUGCUCUUCACUUUGGUAGGGCUGCUUUCGCUCCGUGUCAAGUGUCAACACCAUGGCACCAGAGCUGGGGCUGUCACUUCCGAAGUCGACGUCUGCAGCAAAAUCGGGAUCCGCCUGCUCAAAGAGGGAGGAAAUGCUGCUGAUGCUGCAAUCGGGACUACUCUUUGUGUUGGCGUUAUUGCAAUGUACCACAGCGGAAUUGGCGGUGGUGGGUUUAUGAACAUCCGAUCGCCAACCGGGGUUUAUGAAAUAGUAGAUUUCCGUGAGACUGCUCCUGCUGCGGCCUAUCAAGACAUGUACAGCAAUAACACAGACGCCAGUCUCUAUGGGGGUCUUGCCGUUGGUGUGCCUGGCGAACUGAGAGCUCUCGAACACCUUCACAAACGUUAUGGCUCUCUAGCUUGGUAUGAUCUUUUCGCACCAUCAAUAAAGCUUGCGCGCGAAGGAUUCGUCAUUUCCGCGGACUUUUUCCUCUACAUGACUACGGUCACCCCUUCGAAUUCGUUCUUGAGCACAGAUCCGGCGUGGGCAUUGGACUUUGCACCUAAUGGUACUCUCCUCGGUGUUGGAGACAAGAUAUCGAGAAAAAGAUAUGCCGAUACCCUGGAAACCGUUGCUCUCAAAGGACCGAAUGCCUUUUAUACAGGCGCCAUCGCACGCACGACUAUCGAUGCUAUAAGAAACGCCCGUGGAAUAAUGACACUCAAAGAUCUAGCCAGUUUCAAUGUUACCCUACGAAAGCCGGUUGAGAUAGAGUAUAAAGGGUACACGCUCAGAUCUGUUCCUGCACCUGCCAGUGGAGCUGUAGUUCUUCAAACCUUCAAGGUUUUAGAAGGCUAUAGUAACGUCGGCUUGAACCAGUCUACCCAUAGACUAGAUGAAGCAAUCCGAUUCGGAUACGGGGAGCGCACUCUGUUAGGUGAUCCUGCCUUCAUUGACGGUGUCGACGCUUAUCAAAUAUCCAUGCUGGCUCCAGAAACCGCUGCAGAGGUCCGAGCCAAAAUCUCAGACUUUCACACUCUCAAUGUUAGCGCGUAUGACCCGGCUCUGAUUGACAGCUUAAAUACACCGGGAACAUCCCAGAUCACCGCCGCUGACUCUUCUGGGCUCGUCAUAUCGCUGACAACGACCAUCAAUACCCUCUUUGGAUCUCAGUUGAUAGUACCCGAGACUGGCAUUAUACUCAACAAUGAAAUGAACGACUUUAGUACACCCGGAGUCUCAGACGUCAAAGGCUACCUACCGCAACCUUCGAACUACAUCAGACCAGGCAAAAAGCCUCUCAGUUCAAUGAGCCCAACCAUCGUCGAGCAUGGCAACGGUACUUUCUACGUUGCGCUGGGGGCGGGAGGGGGCUCACGCAUCAUCACCACGAACAUCCAGACACUAUGGCAUAUUCUCGACCAUAAUAUGACGGGUUCUAUAGCACUGUCUCAGCCUCGCUUCCAUGAUCAGCUAGUGCCGAAUGUCAUGUCGUUCGAGUAUGCCUUCAACAAUUCGACGGUAGCUUACUUGGAGUCUCUUGGCCAUAAUGUCUCAUGGGUUCCGCUAGGACAGUCAUAUGGUCAAGCCAUUAGAAGGCUGCAGAAUGGGAGCUUCGAGGCCGCGAGUGAGCCGCGUUUGGCCAAUGCUGGUGGAUAUGUCACCUAGCUGGCUAGUAACUAUGUCCUCGUUACUUGAAGUUGCAUUGAGAUGGUAUGGGGAUGACCUACAUGCUUGUAAAGUUGCUCAAGAAAACAGAAGGGCGCAGCUAGGAGCGGUGGCGGUAAUGAGUAGCUAGGAAAAGGAAAAGAGACUUUGACGGCGCAUGUUCCAGCUCUGUUGAGGAUUGAAGAGCAUAGUUCUAUGGUA